AUGAUCAAAGCAUGUGAGAUUUUAAAAAUAAGGCACUUGCCAUGUUUUGCUCAUACAUUAAAUUUAGUAGUUCAAGAUAAUUUCUCUGCGGAACCUGCACAGGCAAUUUUAAAGAGGUGCAAAGAAAUUGUUAAAUUUUUUAAAUCAAGUUGCAUAGCAUAUGACAAAUUUAACGAAGUGCAAGUGCAAGAAUGGAAAAGUACUGUCAAUAAAAAAAAAGAGCCUUAUAAAUUAGUCCAAGAAGUACCUACAAGAUGGAACAGUUGCUUUUACAUUAUCCAAAGAAUUCUAAAGACUUCUGAGUCAUUAAAUAAAACACUCCUGAAGAUCAGAAAAGCUCCAACCCCUCUUACUAUUGAUGAAAUCUCAAUUUUAGGAGAUUUUGAGAAAGUGCUGGGUUGUUUCGAAGAGGCAACUAAAAAAAUUUCAGGGAAUUCAUAUGUAACCAUCUCAAUGAUAAUUCCAAUGGUUUAUGGAAUCCAUAACAAUCUUGAAUCUGAAAUUAUGGGUACAGAAAUAGGAAACAACUUUCGGCUUGGAUUAUUUGAAUCUAUUUCGAAAAGACUUUUCCAAUAUGAAUCUAGGUCACUUACGAGGAUCAGCACCAUAAUAGAUCCCAGAUUUAAAAAAGAAGCCUUUCGUAUGAAAGAAAAUACUGACCAGGCAUCUAUCUUAUUGGAAAAUGAGAUAACAGUUUAUGCUCGACAAGAGAAAUCUAAAUCCGGCAAUGGAAAUUGUGACAAUGGUGAAUUUGAACAACCCAAGCCGAAAAAAAAACAUUGUUUGAUUUUAUGGAAGAAAAAGUUAAAGGGAAAAUUAAAAAUGUUUUGGCAGAUGUUAUUAUUACCAAAAGACAAUAUCUGGAAAGGCAAAAUGCUUCCAGCGAAACAGAUCCAUUGGUAUUUUGGAAGACCAGAGAAAAGGAAAAAUUAA